CACCACUGGUCACACUGUUUUUGUCCUUUUUUCGAAGCUUUGCAUUUCAGAACAGCAGGCCAACAUGAGCGACAGUGAUGACAGCUUCAGCUCGGCUUUGGAAGCCCCUCUAGUGGAUAUUCGUUAUCCACUCGGAAACGGAGAGGUGGACAGUCUGCGAAAGAAAUUGGAUCGCAUUGUUUUGAUCCAGCAGACGGAUACGAAAUACCACAAAGCCUUGGAGGACAUGAGGGAUCAGACCAGCAUAUCCCUGCUGGUGGAGCCCAGUUUUUACGGGCGCCAUCAGGCCACAUCCGUUCUGGCGGUGGCCACGGCCAAUGACACGUACAUUUUCGACAUCAAGGCACUGGGCUGCAUAUUCCCGGAGCUGGCCAGGAUCCUGGAGGCGGAGCAGCCGCGCAAGGUGGUGCACUACAGCCACCGCAUCGCCGAUCAUAUGCGCCACAAGCACCGGCUUACGUUGGGCGGAAUCUGCGACUCCUUUGUGGCCCUGUGCUUGGCCCGCCAGGAUCGAUCGCCAUGCUCCCUGCCGGAGGCUAUAUCCCUGGUCUUUGGCCUACCAAUGGAGGACCUCGUCUGCGAGGAGGUGAUCGGAGCCAGCGAGUCGCGGAGGAACUUCACCACUCGCCCACUGACCCGCAGUCAACUGAGGUACAUGGCCAAGAUGGUCCAGCUGCAGCACUUAAUGCACGAUCGCUUGAUUUACGGCAGCAUUUGCGCCGAGGUGCAACGCAUGUCCUUGGAGUUCAGCCAUAACUACUCGGGCUUCCGAUCCUGCGAUGUGGCCAUCAACAUGGGACCCAGCAGUCGCUUUGGGUUCCACCUCAUAGAUCCCAGCUACAAGAUGAACGACGACCGAGGAAUCACGCUGCCCACGCCCGACGAGAUCGAACGCCAAGAGUUGGAGCACAAAAAAAGUCGCAAGUAACACAGGUCGACCAAAAAAGUCUUUAUAAAUGGAGCACCACGAGAAUAUUGGUUAGAAAUUACCUCAUAGAAAUACGUUCAUCCGUUCGCAUGCUGACAAGCUCAAGGAUUUGCAUGAACUGCUUUUUUAUUUAAUUAAGUUAUUUUUUAUGUACAAGUAGUUCAGCUUACACAAGUUAAAUCAUAAAAAAAAGUAUUCUGUAUUAAUAUUAAUGAAUUUAACUUAGUUACUAAGAAAAAAAGUUGUUUUUUUUAUUUUUAUAUCAUUUUUAAAAAUUCACAAUAAAUUUAUAACAAAAUG